ACAACGCAUCGAUCAAUCCGGAUUGGUCUCUUUCCUCCUUUCGCGUAAAAGAUGAAUCACCACGCGCCCGUCCCGAUCGAUCUGACGAACGCCGCCGGGCACGGUAGCGCCGUGCGCGCCAAAACUAUAUAAACCGCGACGAGUAGGACGGCAAACUCAACGAAGCAUCGGGUCGGCUGACAAACCCAAGAGCAAUUCAUGUCCGGAACCGAGGAGGCGCACAUAUAGUCACGCAAACGAAUCCAGAUCUGGUGGCGUAUCUUCUCUGCGUACAAGAAGAAGAAGAAAAGUGACCCACCACCACCUUUGCUCUGAAGUCAUGGAGAGGUCAGUGAGAUUCGCCCUGGUGUGCUUCGUCGGGAUCUCUUUGCUCGUCGCUUGCCGCCCCGUCGAUGCUUGGUACAAACAGUCCACCGGUCCCAGUUACUACUCGGUGGGGCGAGCCUCCGGUCUGCUGUCUGGUAUUAGGAGGUCGCCGUACGUGCGCAGGUCCGAGUCCGACGAGACGGCGACUGACAGCGGGGAGAGGACCGGUACCAGCAACAACGUCGAUGAAGUGCUGUCUGACGCCUCCAGGCAGAUCUCCGUUCUCAAAAGCAUGGCCAUAUGUGUGAGAGACAUAUCACCGAACCUGAGGAGCUGCGAGCUGCUCCGGGACGGCACCGGCACUUUCCAGUGCAAAGCGGACGUGUUUCUGACGCUGGACUCCCUGGACUGUCUGUCCCCCUGAGUUCCGGUCCGACCCGCUCCCGCCUCUGCCCGAGGUCCGGGCGCUUCUGCAAGGAGGAGGAUGCGGAGGGGGCAAAAAGAAAAAAGAAAGCUGAUGACGUGAUGGACCGAUGCUGACUUUGAAUGUUUCUUUUUGUUUUCAACAACAUGGUUGAGAUUUUGCUUUUGCUGCGUGAACGCAUAAAAAAGGAAAAAAAAACGAAACUAUAGUGGGGAGUGUAAGAGGUAUUUUAGUUGUUAAGAUUCCCCCCCAAAUGUAGGAACGUAUAUAAUCCAGUUGCUACGUCCAAUCCACACUUGUACCCGUUUGCCAAAUUAAUGUAUUAAAAUGUUCAAAAUGUUCACUGCUGAGCAGAAUUCCUCAAAGUACUUUUGUUUAUUUUAUCUAUAUUA